CGGGACCGCCGCUGGAGGACUCCGGGACGAGCUGGCUGGGGCGGUGCGGCUCGUCCUGCUUUUGUUUUUCCUGCCUGACGAGCUUUUCCUCCUGACGUCCUUUUCCGUGCGCAGAACCAAACGCGUCGUUCAACCUCCCCGAGGGAAUCGCUUGUCAUAUCAAUCAUGUCAUCCUUUCAAGAAGUUCCGUCUUCAGCUAACACUUUGCAGACUUCCAAUUUUGCACAUGUGAUUUUUCAAAAUGUGGCAAAAAGCUAUCUUCCGAACACACACCUUGAAUGUCACUAUACUCUGACCCAAUUUAUCCAUCCUCAUCAGAAAGACUGGGUUGGUAUUUUCAAGGUUGGUUGGAGUACUGCAAGAGAUUAUUAUACAUUUCUUUGGUCACCUAUGCCAGAAAAUUAUGUUGAAGGAUCAACUGUUAACUGUGUGCUGACUUUUCAAGGAUAUUAUCUACCAAAUGAUGAUGGAGAAUUUUACCAGUUCUGUUACGUGACUCAUAAAGGAGAAAUCCGUGGAGCAAGCACACCUUUCCAGUUUCGUACCUCUUCCCCUGUUGAAGAAUUGCUCACUAUGGAAGAUGAAGGAAACUCUGAUAUGUUAGUGGUGACCACAAAAACUGGACUUCUUGAGUUUAAAAUUGAAAAAAUAAUAAAAGAAAAAGAAGAGCUAUUAAAGGUAACUUCUGUUCUGGAAAAGGAAGCGGCACAACUCAGAGAUCAAGUUGAAAGACUGGAAAAAGAACUUAACCAUGAAAAGCAGAGAUAUGACCAACUGCAAACAGAGCAAAAGAAUAAUAUUCAAGCAUCAGAAGCUCUUAAAACUGAAAUUGACGAUUUGAAGAAGAAGCAUGAUGAGGCUGCUUCAAAAGUUCUCCAGCUUGAAGAAGAUAUCAUGACUGUUACUCAAAAAGCCAUUGCAAAAGAAACAGAGUUAGACAGUCUGAAGGACAAACUGAAGAAAGUGAUGCUUGAGAAGGAGCAACUUGAAUGUGUGCUAAAGACAGAAAAGGAUGAAAAAGAACUUUAUAAGAUACACUUGAAGAAUACAGAAAUAGAAAACACCAAACUAGUAAAAGAAAUCCAGACGUUUAAGAAUUUGGAUGCAAACAAAGAAAACAUGAUAUCGUAUUAUAAAGAGGAGGUUGGCAGAUUACAGCUAUUUAUAGCUGAAAAAGAAAAUAUGAAGAAAGCUUUUUUGCUCUCCUCAUCAAACAAGGAGGAUGCGAGUAUCUUAAAAGAACGGCUUCGGAAAGCUGAAGAUCAGAUUCAGGCUAGCAAACAAGAAGCUGUCCUAAUGUCAAAAGAGCUGAGUGACGCAGUAAAUGUGCGAGAUAAGACUAUGGCAGAUCUUCACAGUGCACGUCUGGAAAAUGAAAAAUUGAAAAAGCAGCUUGCUGAUGCUUUAGCUGAAAUGAAAAAAAUCAUGGCUUUGAAAAAUGAACAGGAAACUUCAAACACAGUAGAGCAGGAACUACGCAGAGAAGUUGAAGAUCUGAAGCUUCGUCUGCAAAUGGCUGCUGACCAUUACAAGGAAAAAUUCAAAGAAUGUCAAAAACUUCAAAAACAAGUAAACAAGUUUACAGAACAGGCAAAAAUUGCGGGGCAUCAACAGAAACUGACAGAUGCAUCUAACAUUGAGACAGCUACUGCGGUCGUUACAGACAAAAAGUUGUCUGCAUCUCCAGUUAGCCCCAUUUCAUCUGAUAUAGUUUCGGAAUUCACGGUAAAGGAGCAAGUACGUGAAAUGAAUAAAGAAAUUGCUGAGAAAACAGAGAAGUAUAAGAAAUGCAAGCAAAUGUUGGCAGAUGAGAAGCUGAAAUGCAGUGUUUAUGCGGAUGAACUAGCUAAACUGGAGCUGAGGUGGAAAGAACAAGUGAAAAUCAAUGAGGGUAUAAAAUUACAGCUAGCAGCAAUGGAGGAUCAGUAUAAAGUUCAGCUGGCAGAAAAAGAGAGACGAAUAAAGGAACUGGCAUCACAGCUGGAACUCUUUAGCAGUGAGAAGGAACUUGGCAGGACACCGGGAAAUCAAGCUGGAAGGAUGAUGGAAGGACAGAUACCGCAACCGACAUUACAUUUUCGCAACCCGUAUUCGGAGGAAAAUGGACCAGUUCCGGCAGUGCCAAGCAGACUACCAGUACUGCAAUUUGGAAACCCUUAUGCAAUUCAGGAAAGAAGAGAUGGAGCAGAUGGUGCUUUUAAUCCUGAUGAGAUCCAAAGACCACCUGUUCGAACUUCCUUUUGGGAGCUAGAAGAUGAUGUAGUCUGUAGUCAGCCUUCACGCAAUCUUAGUCGGCCCGAUGGUUUAGAAGAUCCUGAGGAUAGCAACGAUGAUGACAACACUGUACCUUCUGCUCCUGAUCCUCCGAGUCUUCUCUUGCACGAACGUGGAACAGGUUUCUGCUUUGAUUCCAGCUUUGACGUGCACAAGAAGUGCCCUCUUUGCGAUGUGAUGUUCCCGCCCAACUAUGACCAGAGCAAGUUUGAGGAGCACGUCGAGAGCCACUGGAAGGUCUGCCCCAUGUGCAGCGAGCAGUUCCCCCCCGACUACGACCAGCAAGGCUUCGAGAGGCACGUUCAGACGCACUUUGAUCAGAACGUAUUAUUACCACCAUUACUGAAGACGCGCGACGUCUCAGAGGUUGGCGUCCCGCACGGGCCGGGCAACCUGGAAGCGAAGCACGAAGCUGCUCUCGGCCGCGCGUCUGCACAGGGAGCUGCGUACGAGGUUGCCGCGUUAAGCAGCCACCCUCACGCGGCCGCUUACAACAACGCGCCCCGGGAGGCUGCAGGGCCACGGCAGGAGCCAAAACCUCUGCCGCAGCCGAACUGA